UUGAUUUGCACUAAAACUGAGAUGCGAAGUACUUGUCUUCAUCAUAAACACUUGCAGAAAGAAUACCCAUUUAACACUGAGAUGGCUAAGAGAUUGAAGUCGCAGCUCUUCGUUAGCAGAUUAUCCUUUUUCACCACAAAUGAAAAACUGAAGACAUUGUUUUCGCCAUUUGGGGAAGUUACAGAAGCGAGGCUAGUUAAGGACCCAAGAACCCAAAGACCCAAAGGGUUUGGUUUUGUAACAUUCGAUUCAGAGGUUGAGGCUCAGAAUGCUUUGAAGGCCAUGAAUGGCAAGAUAGUUGAUGGGCGGCUGAUUUUCGUUGAAGUUGCAAAGGCAAGGAGAGAUGAAGAUGCUGCCUCUUGAUAAUAAGGCUCACUUUGGUGUUCCAUGUAGGGAUCGAAAGGAAGAUUCGGUGUCAAAUGGUUAAAAAAAGAAUGUGCCUCAAUAGAAUAGUUCGGAUUCCCCAAAAACACAAAUCAGAUGGUAUAUAGGCAUGGUGCAUUUGUAGUCAUAGGUGGUAAACUGAGUUGGGGCGAGGUACGUUUUUUACUCUUGCAUGAUCCUGUGUUGUUUAAAGGGAGAUCGGAUUCUGGGAAGAUUAUAUGGGCAUUAGGUGGUAAACACUAGAAAAAGCUGGGCAAAAAUGUAAUUGAUUGGAGGUAGGAAAGAAGUUCCUCUGUGCCAUGUUAUUGUUCCUCCAUUAUAAGAUUGGCUCUACUUGAUGCCUCUUUUUUCUUUA